CGGUCAGAGAGGCUGGCUGCUGGUUGGUCCCUGCCGCCGCUAGCACCUCACCUCCUAAACCGCACCGGCGGAGAAUUCAAAUUCAUUCGCCGGAAACCAUAUCUCGUUUGUCACCAGCCCCUGUUGACCGGUUUCAACGGCGAGGCUCUUGGUGGAUGCCCUGAUUGUAAGCCUCCUCAUUAAGUCGAUAUUUUUCUUCUUGGUAAGCUCAAUCGACCUCUUACUUAUCCGUCUUCAGCAGCCUCCCAAAGUUUCACUGUUCUGCUUCUCUCAGCAAAACCCUUAGAUAUCACUGCUGUGCAAAGGAUUUGGUAGACAGCGGUUUAUCUUCUGAUUGCUCUUGGGUCUUCCCUGAAUCCGAAUCAUGUCCUCUGCCAAUCUAGCAUUGUGGGUCACUCCAAACUUGUCGAAAGUCGACACUUUUGGCUUCUGUUCUCAAUUUCAAUCCAACCCAUUCGGCCUUUCGAUUGGGAAAGGAGCUUCCUUUCAGACACCACCAAGAGCUCUAAUCUGCUGCGGAAUCCGUGAGCUGAGGGAGCGGAUGCAAUCAGUCAAGAACACCAAAAAAAUCACCGAGGCAAUGAAGCUCGUGGCUGCUGCAAAAGUCCGGCGAGCUCAAGAAGCUGCGGUCAACGGCAGACCUUUUGCCGAAACCUUACUUGAUGUGCUCUAUGAUAUCAACGAACGCCUUCAGCCAGAGGACGUUAAUGUUCCUCUAACAGAGGUUAGACCCGUCAAGAAAGUUGCUCUCGUUGUUGUCACGGGUGAUAGGGGUCUCUGUGGUGGUUUUAACAAUGCUGUUUUGAGGAAGGCAGAAGCCCGGAUGGCUGAAUUAGGAAAGCUUGCGUUGGAUUGCUCUGUGAUCAGUGUGGGGAAGAAGGGUAAUUCGUACUAUAUGCGCAGGCCUAACAUUUCAGUUGACAGGUUCGUUGAAGGGAACAGUUUCCCCACAGCAAAGGAGGCUCAAAUGAUUGCUGAUGAUGUUUUCUCAAUGUUUAUAACUGAAGAGGUUGAUAAGGUUGAGCUUGUGUACACUAAAUUUGUGUCGUUGAUCAAGUCGAAACCAGUGAUCCAGACAUUGCUGCCUUUGUCGCCUAAAGGAGGCAUCCGGGCUGCUAAUGGUGAUUCGGUUGAUGCUACUGAAGAUGAGUUCUUUAGGUUAACGAGUAAGGAAGGGAAAUUGGCUGUGGAGAGGGAGAGUGUGAGUGCCAAAGGAGGUGGUAUGGGGCUUUCACCUCUUAUGGAGUUUGAGCAGGACCCUGUCCAAAUAAUUGAUGCUAUGAUGCCUCUUUAUUUGAACAGCCAGAUCUUGAGAGCACUUCAGGAGUCAUAUGCGAGUGAGCUGGCAUCGAGGAUGAAUGCGAUGAGUAAUGCAACUGAUAAUGCAGUUGAGUUGACCAAGAAUCUCUCUGUUGUUUACAACAGAGAACGCCAGGCUAAAAUCACGGGCGAGUUGUUAGAGAUCAUAGCUGGAGCAGAUGCCUUAAAAGAGUUGCCAUAAGUUGGGGAACAUUAUUUACAUAAGCUCCACUGCUUUAGCCAAGGUACCCUUUUCCUCAUUGUAGCCAUAGAUUUAGAAGCAGUAUGCGACUGAGUUGAAAGGAGAUAAAAUAGACUUGCAGCAGCCAAGUGCUUGUUUAUGCAUCAAAUCAAAACCCAACCUCAUUGAGCACCAUUGAUGUGAUAAUCAUUCUUCUGAGUUCUCCUGGUGCAGGUCCUUGAGUUGUACAUUCUUGUUGGUGAAUGGUGAUUCCGUUGAAUCUAUGAUCAGUGGUAAUAAGGGUUCACAUUGUUUCUUAGUCUAUUAGCAUUCUCCACAAGCCUGAAGCAUUUUCACUCUCGGACGUUAGAUUUUGACAAUUUCUAUUAGCCAGUGGUUGUAACCUCUCCAGUGAUAGAAACUGUUCAUUACUUCAUGCUUGUGCCAUGUACAAUCAUCUGUGACUGUUAGGUCUACCUCAGGUUCAGUUAAGCAAAGCAGAGCAGCAGCCACCAGAUUCAUACCAGCUCGUCACAACGUUUAUAGCCAAAUGCAUUCUACGCAUUCUUUGGGAGCUGCGAGGGUUGUUACUGUCUGCAGUUUUCUGAUUUCUAUUCUACUGUGCAUUAACUGUUGAAGGCUGUGUGAGUCCAUCAUGGCUAAGCCUUAGCUGCCAAUCUUUCUCCAACCCUUGCUUCAAUGAAAUGAGUGGGAUUUCAGAUUCUCUAAACCAUUUUUUUUUUUCUGAAAGCUCUCACUAACCAUCUCUGAAGGUGUCUGGGGAAUAUAUUGGUGGACCAGCUCUGUUUCUAGGUGUGGGCUCUCGGUGCUUAAUUGUGAUCAACUGGGAGUAGGGAAUGCUGAUAUGAUAUCCCAUGACCAAAAGUUGAGAUACAAGGUCUCUAAGGGGAUGACACUUCUCGAUAACGUAUAUUGUCAGAUUUCAGCCUUCAUGCUGAUUUUGUUUCCUCAACGUACUUGCUUUCUUAGUUAGCUUCGGUAAAGUCUUUCAAACUUGGAGACCAGAUAAUUUGUUCGGAUAGUGAGAUGGAGGAUAGGAAGAAGAAUAAGAAGACAACUGAUCAGAUAGUCAUAUGACUUCAGGAUCAAUCUCAUUAAGGAAACCUCCAUCUGAAAGACUAGUAGGGAGUAAGCUCCUUCAUCCUAAUGCAUGCGUGGACUACAAGACCUGAAAGAAUCUGUCAGUUGGGAGGCAACAUAUUCCGCAAUAUAUUCUAAAUCAAAUG